AUGAAGUUCACUGCCUUGUUCACCCUGGGUCUGGCCACCACCGCCCUGGCCACCCCCACCAAGGUCUCCCGCGAGGCUUCCCUCGUCCAGCGUGAUGCCGCCGCCGUCAAGAGCGUCAUCGCCGGCAUCAGCGACAAGGUCGACUCUCUGUCCUCCGCCAUCGAGGGCUACAGCGGUGGUGACCCCUCCAAGGUCGAGUCCGCCUCCGCGGACCUGAUCUCCACCAUCAAGAAGGGUGUCUCCUCCGUGGAGGGCGGCGACGACCUCUCCUCCAGCGAUGCCCUGGCCCUGACCUCCCCCGUGCAGGACCUGACUGACAAGGUCGACUCCACCGUCGACAAGAUCAUCGACAAGAAGUCCAAGUUCGAGGCCGCCGGCGCCGCCACCAAGGUCAAGGAGUCGCUCAGCGCCCAGUACGACGCCGCCAGCAGCCUGGCCGACGCCAUCUCCGACAAGGUCCCCGAGGCCCUGGCCGACGUCGCCAAGGAGCUCUCCGCCGGCAUCACCAAGGCCAUCCAGAAGGGCAUUGACGCCUACAAGGACGCCAAGGACUCCUCCAGCAAGACCGACUCCGCUACUGCCACUGCCUCUGCCACUGCCACCGAGUCCGGCUCCGCCACUGAGACUGAUGCUGCCACCACCUCCGCCGCCGACAGCACCGGCACCACCUCCGCCCCCGUCAUCCCCCACCCCACUGAGUCCGGCUCCGCCAGCCCCUCUGCCACCCCUACUCCCACCGGUGGCUCCGGCUCUGACGGCUCUGGCUCCGGCUCUGAUGGCUCCGGCUCCGGCUCCGGCUCCGAGUCCGGCCAGCCCCCUCUGGCCACCGGCGCUGCUAGCAACAACCGCUUCAGCUACUCCCUUGGUGGCGCUAUUGCCGCCGCUGCUAUCGCUGUUGCCAUCUAA